AUGGUACAAGCAACAGAAGCUCAGGUCACUACUCGAUUGCAAUCUCUUCAAUCCCGUAUGGAUGCACAAGAUGGCAAAAUUGAUCAGAUCUCCGCCCAGAUGCAAGAAAUGAAGACACUUAUGGAGAAAUUGUUACUAAAAUCACCUGAAAAAUUUGGGAAACAUCCUGAAGAAGGAUCAUCAUCAGGACUCAUCCUUGAAUCCGGUAACCUUCCUCCGCGCUUUGGUUCAACCAACCCUCACCACCCCGACGAUUCCGUCUUCUCUCUUCCUAAGGUCAAGCUACCGGUGUUCGAUGGCACUGACCCUCGAGGCUGGAUAACCAAAGCUGAACUCUAUUUCUCCGUCCACUAA